UGACAAAUAUCGCAAUAAAAAACAUCUUCAUCGACAUUUUCAUCAGUUUGUAAGUGCACGUCUAUGAAAGGUUACAUUUUUCCAUUCAAUUUGGUAAAUGGAUUCAUUGUAAAACGAGAUCUACGUAUACCGGUUUCCCAAGUUAAAAUGCUAUCAGCAAUAUUAAUAGUUGUCAUACUUGUGACGUUCUUCUAUUACAAAGAGAAACGUCCCAAACGCUUUCCGCCAGGACCGAACGGGAUUCCUAUUUUGGGAUACUUACCGUUUCUGGGCUCAGAUUCGUAUGCAAGCAUAGGUGAAAUUGGGAAAAAAUUUGGUGACAUUUUUAGUAUAAAGUUGGGAAGUUAUUGGUAUGUUGUGCUGAACGAUUUCGAUGUUAUUAAAAAUGCGUUGAAAGAAGACAUUUUCUCCGGACGGCCGAAUUAUUUGCUCCGAAUGAGUUUCUAUAAGAAAGGUAUCACAUUCAAUAAUGGCAUUAAUUGGCAAGCUCAGCGCCGAUUUUCGAUGCGAGUGUUGCGAGAUUUUGGCUUCGGAAAAGUGCAAAUGAUCGACUCCAUUCAACAUGAAAUUGAAGAAUUGAUCGAUUAUUUCAAAGAAAAUACGGGAAAGCCUAUCGAUCCGGCGGAAACGUUUCCCAUCUCCAUUAUUAACUCAUUGUGGUACAUAAUUACAGGGGAGAAAUUUUCACUGUUCGAUCCGAUACCGAAAAAAGUCUACUCAUCAAUCAAAACAAGCUUAUCAGGUCAAGAUGUUCUCGCCGUCCUAUAUUUUCUGCCAUGGCUGGCGGCUUUAAUGCCUGGUAAGAAAUCAGGCACCGAGAAAAUGCAGACUGCUGUGGACAACUUACAUAAAUUGUUAAGAUCAGUCAUUGAAAAGCACAGACAAAGAUUUGUUCCCGGCUCAAUGCCGCAAGACUACAUCGAUGCUUACCUGCAACAAAUCGACGAAUGUGACGAUCCCAAGUCGAGCUUUUAUCAAGACGAAGGAGUCUUGAAUCUCAUCGACGGACUCACAAAUAUGUUUGUUGCUGGCUCAGACACCAUCAGCAGUUCGCUGAGCUUUGGACUUUUAUAUAUUUCUAGUUCUCGGAAUGUGAUGGAAAAAAUUCACAAAGAAAUCGAUUCAGUAAUUGGCCGAAAACGACUGCCUGACCCGUCGGAUCGGCCAAAAAUGCCUUAUAUGUCGGCCGUGGUCAAUGAAAUAUUUCGUUUAUCGUCCAUUCUACCCGGAGACGUACUGCAUUGCACGCUAGGCGCAACAGAAAUCGGGAACUAUAGUUUGCCCCAGGGAACGAUUAUACUGCCAAAUCUGUACCACGUUCAUCACGACCGAACGUAUUGGGGCGAUCCAGAGAACUUCCGGCCGGAAAGAUUUUUGAAUGCAGAUGGAUCAUACACGAAAGACGAACGAGUAAUUCCGUUCUCGAUAGGGAAAAGAGUUUGUGUUGCCGAGAACUUAGCGCAAGUUGAAUUUUUUAUGUUUCUCACGGGAAUUUUACAAAAUUUUGAGUUGACGGAGAGUCCAGAUCAUCCGCUACCCGGUUUUAAGCCUAAAUCAUCGUUUAUCCUAUCUCCACAACCGUAUAAAUUGGUGCUGCAUGAAAGAAUUUAAAAAGCGGUGCGACCGUAAGAUGCACUUUAUUAAUAUUUCGGUUUGG